AUGAAGAUUGAAGGCCGCACGUUCCUCAUCUCCGGCGGUGCCUCCGGCCUGGGCGCCGCAACGGCAACCGAGAUUGUCAACCACGGUGGUAACGUCGCCAUUCUAGACAUGAACGAGGAAGACGGUCAGGCUUUCGCCCAGUCCCUCGGCCCCUCGGCCCGCUUCUUCCCCUGCAACGUUCUCGAGACGGCGUCCGUCACGUCCGCCGUCGAGGGCGCCGCCGCCCUGGGCCGCGUCCGCAAAGAAGCCCUUCGGCGGUGUCAUCCCCGCCGCGGCGUCGGCCUGCCGGCCGCCAUGCUCGGCCGUGACAACGAGCCGCUGUCCCUCGACGACUUUGACUUUGUCCUCGCCGUCAACCUGCGCGGCACCAUCGACCUCGUGCGCCAGACGCUGCCGCACCUCGCGGCCCAGCCGGCGUCGGACCCCGACGGCGAGCGCGGCGUCGUCGUCAUGGUCGCGAGCGCCGCCGCCUUUGACGGCCAGCGCGGCCAGGUCGCCUACGCCGCGAGCAAGGGCGCCGUCGUCGCCAUGACGCUGCCCAUGACGCGCGACCUCGCGCGCCACGGCAUCCGCGUCGCCACUAUUGCGCCGAGCCUGUUCGAGUCAAGAAUGACGAGCGUCCUACCUGACAAGGUGCGCAAGAGCCUCGUCGGCGCCACAGAGUUUCCGAGACGCCCGGGCCAGCCCGAGGAGUUUGCGGCGCUCGUGAGGCAUGUCGUGGAGAAUGUCAUGCUCAACGGGACCGUGUUGAGGCUGGACGGCGGCAUGAGGAUGCCGAGCAAGAUGUAUCGCUACGCCCAGACGACCGAGCCCGGCCACGGCAAAGGUCUUGCCCGUAAGACCCGUGGCAAAGCCAGUCUGCCAGAGGCCAGCCUUGACGGCAGCAUCAUCGCGGGCGAUGCCUCGGGCGAGCGCCAGCACAAGGGUGACGCAGUGUUCAGUGGUGCUGUUGGUACCAACCUGCGUGCCGGUCGACUUGUCAGCCGUGCCAGCAACGGGUAUUGA